UUGUCUUCACAGUUGGGCGACUGCUGUGCUAUUUUUUUUCUCGGUUCAGAAGCGGCGGAGUGGAUUCGGUUCCCUCUCUCUCUGUGUGGCUCUCUCCUCUCGCCCCCACACACUCUCUCUCUGUGUGGCUCUCUCCUCUCGCCCCCACACACUCUCUCUCUGUGUGGCUCUCUCACCUCGCUCCCUCUCGCUAUCUCCCCCCACCCACUCUCUCUGUGGCACUCUCCUCUCGCUCUCUAAGCUCCCUCUCCUCUCGCUCCCCCCACACGCACACUCUCUCUGUGGCUCUCUCUCUGUGUGGCUCUCUCCUCUCGCUGGCUCGCAGUUCAAGUGUUCAAAGUUUCCACAGUCGGGAAGUCUUCUAGCUUUCGAACCGAACACAGCAACAACAACAACCACCACCACCCACAUCUCCCAAUGGACGCGAGAAAGACGGCGAUUCCCGGGAGCGUCCUCAACGAUUUGUGCAGCCGCUUUAUCCUGCACGUGCCGAGUGAGGAGCGAGAGGCCCCGGUGCGACUCUGCUUUCAGAUUGAACUGGCCCACUGGUUUUACUUGGACUUCACGCAAGAGGGAGAUCCCAGCCUACCGCUGCUCAGCCUCACAGACUUCGCCCGCGCUGUCUUCGCCCACUGCCCCUUCCUGCUGGGCGGCAACGAGGACGUCGCCUCGGUGCUGCAGGACUGGAAGGAGUACAAGAUGGGGGUGCCCACCUACGGCGCCAUCAUCCUGGACCCCAGCCUGCAGCACGUGCUGCUGGUGCAGGGCUAUCUGGCCAAGUCUACGUGGGGUUUCCCCAAGGGGAAGGUGAACGAGGAUGAAGCUCCUCACGACUGCGCCGUGCGAGAGGUGCUGGAGGAGACCGACUUCGACAUCCGCGACCGCAUCGACCUGCAGGAGUUCAUCGAAUUGCGCGUCAACGAGCAGCUGGUGCGCCUCUACAUCAUCCCCGGGGUGCCCAGGGACACUGUCUUCACCCCGCGCACGCGCAAGGAGAUCCGGAGCAUCGAGUGGUUCCUCAUCGAGGACCUCCCCUCGCACCGGAACGACGUGAUGGCCAAGACGCGCAUCGGCUUUGGCCCCAACAAGUUCUUCAUGACCAUCCCCUUCAUGAAGCAUCUGCGAGAAUGGAUCGCUUCUCACUCUCCAUCUCCGGCAGACAGCGGUUGGCUCAAGCAGCCCUCACACAGCAGCAGCAGCACCACGCGGCAGUGGGAACCCAAGCUGAUAUCGAAGCAGAGGCAGCAGAGAUAUUUCAUUCAACAAACCCAGAAUGAGUUCAACGAGAUCCUGAAGGUGAAGGGUCAACCCCGACCUCGCAACCAAAAUUCACCCAUCCACAAAAAGAGACACAGCCAGGUUCCUCCGAGGCUUCAGGCGAAGAAUUCUUCUAAUGUCGCAGCCGCCUCCAGCGUUGACGCAGCUCCGGAACCGUUGCCCUCUGCCUCUUGGAGCUUGACACAGUCCCCGGGCAUCCCAGGGAGCCUGCCGAUGGCCACCACCACCUCCGCCACAACCACCACCACUGCAGUUGCCACCACCGCGGCACCACCACGCAUCUUCUUUUCGUCUAGCAUGGCGACGUUCUGCUUCGACUGGGCUCCCGUGAUGCACUGCUUCGACUCGUAGCGAGUGAUGAAAGGGGAGAGUCAGGAGAGAGGGAGGGGAGAGGAGAGGGACAGGAGAGGAAGGGGAGAGAGAGUGGAGAGAGAGGUGAGGGAGAGUGGAGGGAUGGGAGAGAGACAGAGGAGAGGGGGGGGGGGAAGGGAGGGAAGAGAUGGGGGGAGAGGAUUCCAGCGAUCAGCUCGCCACAGUUUCAUCGGCAUUGGGGUUCCCGUUUUUUACAGCAGCGACAGAAGACGUUUGUUGGCGAAGAGUUUUGGUUUGUUCUUUUCAUUCAGCGGUGGCCAAGUCGAUGGAAAAAUCAUUGAGCGCGACGACGAUGGUGGCUACGAUCGCUGGCCGCCAGGAACCGCAGACAGCGCGACAGACUGUGACGAGACAGAGCUCAGUGGUGUCCGGUUGAAGAAGUGGCCCGAGAUCCAAUACUCUCCACGUUGACGUCGCAGCGUAUAAAUGCAACCGCAUCUACGGACGCUUCAAGGGAAGAAAACAAUAUUUGCAGUGUGCACGUUCAAAACAAAGAAGGGCAGCGGAAUCUCGGCUAUACAAAGUUCAAGAGGAGGAGAAUUCCAGACCUUGCGGAGCAGAUGCCGAGAAGGAGCGAAUCUUAUCGGUGAAAUAAUUUAGUGUGUGUGCGUGUGUACGUUGAACUUCUUUUUGUACCACCGUGCGUAGCCAACCAUGCUGAUCGGAAGUGCGGGGGGAAGGACAACAAACUGAACACAAAAAUCCAUUGAGGUUUUUUUGGGUUAGAUCGCAUAAAUAUAAAUGCAUCGUUUAAGCUAGAAUUGUCUGUCGCCUGAUGAUGCUCACUGUUGUAAUUACCAGAAAAACGUCACGGUACUCAAAUUGUAAAUGUUGUCGUGGGUUUUAUUCUCCAACACAGCGGUGUGCUGAACUAUGAACUAAUUGGCAUGUUUUGUUUAUGUGACAAACCCCUCACUAAUUGGCUGUGUCAGGUGGUGGUGGUGGUGGUUUUAACGGCACAUUUAUAAUUACGCGAUUCAACUGAACAAACCUCGAUUAUGGAUGAGGUCCGUUUGCCGAAUGUGGUUUUUCCCCAACGCGGAUAUUUUUCCAGAAACUCAACCGCCCCCCCUCCCCCACAAGCAUUCGUCGAAGUCUGCCUUGCAUUUAGUCGUUCUCUUAAAUCUCGUUCAUCCAAGCAGUCAAUAAUUUAAUCGACGUUCUGAGUCAUAGAAAGAAAGAAAAAAACUUUUUUUUGUACUUGGUGAGGCCACACUGAGCUGUGUGCAGUAGAACCCCUCUUAACGACCACCCCCUUGUGGACGACUGAUCGCUUAACGACGCGCCUCCAUAGAGCCUCAUGUACGGCAGGUUUAACGACCUAUUUAUAUUUAUGCCAUCAACCCAAAAACUUCAAUUGUGGAUAAUAAUAUUGGUUGAGAAAGCCUCCCACGGAUUAAACUAAAAAAUAGAUCUAGUGGGGAAACCAGGUUUGGCAUUCCUGAGUCUUAAAUUAUCACACCCUGAGUUUGUUUAACUAAUACUACAUGAUGCCCCCACCCCUUCCCCCCCUUGCCAUUUUACUAUCCAUACGAAAGGAGAAGAAUCUUUAAUUAAACGAUGCCGAGUCAC